AUGAAUUUCGAAUACAGCCACCAGCUGGCGCCAGCGGAGCGGUUUCUUCCCGAAGACUUCCUGAGUGCAGUGCCGGAGCUGGGGUUAGUCAUCGACCUGACUAACACGACCCGCUAUUACAACAGCCAGGAAUUUGAGGGAGUUGGGGUACGCCACCAUAAGAUCCGGUGCCCGGGGCACGCGAUCCCGGACACUUUCAUCGUCUCCCAGUGA